AGCCAGGCGCUUACGCCUUGAGGCCUGAUCCCCGGGCCUGCCGCACUCUGUGUGGGGUUGGCGGGAACUCCCAGGUGCUAAGAUUCCGGGCGGACGCCCCCGCCCACCCCCGAGGAGAGUUUCAGUUCUCCGGGUGCUGCGGGAGCCGAGCUGGACGGAACUCCGCGGCAGCGAAGAACUCAUCCCGUGGGCGUCCCGGAUCCCGGAGCGUGGGACUCCACCCUCCCGGGUCCCGUCCCAACACCUGGCGUUAGGGCGUGCCUCAGUUUCCCAGCGGCGGGGCGGUCCCGCCAGCCCCGCUCCUCCCCUUUUUCCUCUUCCUCCUCAGGGCGCCGGUGGCCGCGCCGGAGCUCCCGGAACCGAGGGCGGACGGCGGGCGGUGGGCCGGCCACGUCAGCGGGCGGCGGGGCCGCGCGGGCACCAUGCGGCGGGGCGCGCUCCUGGCCGGCGCGCUGGCCGCCUACGCGGGGUACCUGGCGCUGGGCGCGCUGCUGGUGGCGCGGCUGGAGCGGCCGCACGAGGCCCGGCUGCGGGCGGAGCUGGGCUCGCUGCGGGAGCAGCUGCUGCGGCGCAGCCCCUGCGUGCCGGCGCCCGCCCUGGACGCCUUCGUGGAGCGGGUGCUGGCGGCCGGGCGGCUGGGGCGCGCCGCGCUGGCCAACGCCUCGGGACCCGCCAACGCCUCGGACCCCGCCUGGGACUUCGCCUCCGCGCUCUUCUUCGCCAGCACGCUGGUCACCACCGUGGGCUACGGCUACACUACCCCGCUGACAGAUGCAGGCAAAGCCUUCUCCAUCUUCUUCGCGCUCCUGGGUGUGCCCAUCACCAUGCUGCUCCUGACUGCCUCGGCCCAGCGCCUGUCACUGCUGCUCACCCACGCGCCCCUGUCCUGGCUGAGUCUGCGCUGGGGCUGGCACCCUCAGCGGGCAGCCCGCUGGCACCUGCUGGUCCUGCUGGUGGUCGUAGUGGCUGUGUUCUUCCUGGUACCAGCUGCGGUCUUCGCCUACCUUGAGGAGGCCUGGAGCUUUCUGGACGCCUUCUACUUCUGCUUCAUCUCCCUGUCCACCAUCGGCCUGGGGGACUAUGUGCCUGGGGAGGCCCCUGGCCAGCCUCACCGGGCCCUCUACAAGGUGCUUGUCACAGCAUACCUCUUCCUGGGCCUGGUUGCCAUGGUGCUGGUGUUGCAGACUUUCCGCCACGUGUCCGACCUCCAUGGCCUCACUGACCUCAUCCUGCUGCCGGAUCCGGCCCCUGCCAACCUCAGCCGGGGUGAGGACGAUCAGGUGGACAUUCUGGACACCCGGACAGAUCUGCACCAGCAUCUCUCUGCUGGCUCCCACACGAACUACGCCUCCAUCCCCAGGUAGCUGGGCCGGUGUGUCAACCUGGGCACACCUGGCCUGGGCCUUGGGCCCCGUGUGACUAGAGUGGACCUGCAGGAAUGCCCACGCGCUCUCCUGUCUUUCACAGCACCCCACGGGGAGGUGAGGCUGCUCUGCCCACCUGUCCUGGGCGCCUCAGGCUACCGAUCCGGCCAUUCUCUCCCCGUCCCUUCCUCUCGUCUCUUCUCUGGCUGCUUGGGCGUUUUGAUUUCUUGGUGGGAGCGGUGAUCGAUGCUGCUUUGUUUUGUUGUUAUUCUCUUGGGGUCGCACUCACAUCUGUCAUCCGUCACACAUCACUUGCUGGUUCUUCGGGCCUCUGGGCCUCUGGACGUCACUUCAGCCACCAUGUUAGUGGCUCUGCCUCGGCCAAAUGAUUUCCCCGCUCUGAACCCUGAUAUCCUCAGCUGUCGGGUGCAAAGAAUAUUACAGCUCACCCACAGACCCUCACUUCUGUCUCUUGGCUGUUCUGUGCUGGGUGCACAGUGAUAGUGGAGGUGGACUGGGCCCUGCUCUUCUUGGGGUCACCGGACAGUGAGGUUGACCCGCCGACUUGUCCCUUGACACUGACAAACCCCAAUGGGCACUGGACAAGGCAGAGUGGUCAAGACUGAGGAAUAGACUUGAAAUGUCCAGGUGGUCUUCCUGGAAGAACGGACAAGAACUAACCCAAAACCUGCCGGUCAAAGAGAAGAAACUGUCCCUUUUCCUCAGGCAUUUGUGGGCCACAGCACCUUUGGGAAGAGCCCUGUGACGGGUCAGCUUCUCCCUCGGUGGCUUAGCAGGAAAGGACUGAGCCAGGAGCUGAGCACACAGCUCCAUGGUGAGGCUGUGGCUGCCGGCAGGGCGCGCUGGUGGCCCUGGGCUCUGGAGCUGUUCUUCCCAGUUGGACCCUGUGUCUGGACACUGCCCUGCUCAUUUUAACAGUUGCUGGACCUCUGGGACUCUGGCCGCUGAAUGGUGACCCUAACAAUGCUCUUCGAGAGGAUGACAUCAGCCAGGUGCCUGUCAUCUGAGCUGAGGCAGGAGGCUGGAGAGUUCCUGCGCAGGGAGGGCUGCAAAGCAGGAGCCAGGUGAUAAAAUAAUAGAAACAACAACAACAAAAAUAAUUCAUAAUAUUAACUCCUAUAAUCAAAGGAAUAUAGUGCCAGGCUGAAGGGACAUGAGAGGAGCUGUGGAAGGCCACACAGCCCUCAGGGCCGGGAAUAACUGUGUUCACACAAUUAUGUCACUUAGGAAGGAUUUCUGCUGAAAAUAACAAAACCCUGACUGAAAUAACCUAACUGUUCCCUUGUGCCUGGGGAGAGCCCCAGGCCGUAUGCCCCACAGCCAUGGAGGGCCUGGUGUACCUAAGGUUCACUCUCUCUUUUGCUAUUCUCCACUGAGGCCUUAGUCCCAAGUGCCUCUCUUCCUGCUGUCCAGAUGGCUGCCAGGGACCCAGGCACCCAACCAGACCUGCUAUUUCUAGUGCAAGCAAUAGAAACUUCAACCGGUGUCCCGAGGGUUUUAAAGAAGGCUAGCUCAAUAUCAGAUCAUGCUAAGAUGUCCUACAGGGCACCUGGGCAAGGCUGGAGGCUAGAGUCUUGAGGCUAGCCAAGGCAAUGUAAAAGCAAGAUAAAACCAAGGCAGACCUCCCAAGGGAGCUGGGGAUGUUCUCAGGGCCGGAGCAUGUCUAUCCCAGGUGCUGGGCAAAACAAUUUACACUUCCAGGUCUGGGAAGAUGGCUUAGCCAGGCAGGCACAAAGAUCUGUGUUUCUCCCCAGCACCUAUAUAACAAGGGCCAGCGGCUCCAGGUCUGGAUAAAAGCCCCAGCUAAAAAGGGGUGGGAGCUGAGCCCCGGGCACAUACCUUUAUCCCAGCACUUGGGAGGCAGAAGUUGGUGGAUCUCUGUGAGUUCGAGGUCAGUCAGGUCUAAAUAGUGAGUUCCAGGACAGUUAGGACUUACAGUGAGACCCUGCCUCUACGAAACAACUAAUAAUGAAAAUAAUUGUGGAGAGUAGUUGAGGAACAAAGCGGAUGUUAAACUCUAGCUUUCACAUGCGCAAACACACACACACUCACUUAAAAAUCUGAGCCAGCAAAAUAGCUCACUGGGAAAAGGCACUUGCUGUGAUCCUCUAACCCUGACAGUCUGAAUUAGAUCCUUGGAACCCAUAGUGAAAGGAAAGAACCAACUCCCCAAAUUUUAUUCCCCUUUGACCUCCACAAAGUGCAGCUUUGUCGGCUGAUUUCCCAGGUGUCUGUCUGCGCAGAGGUUAUGCAUGAACCAGCAGUGUCAUCAUCCACCAUCCCACACAAAUGCUUCCGGGAAUGGGAAGUGGAGAUCUUCCCAGCUCUCAAGGCAAAGCUGUGUGUGUGUGAGGUUGACCCCCUGUUGUCCCCGUAGUUCACUUGUGCCUCAGGUUGCUUGUUUAUGAAGUACUGUCUCAUGGACUUGAACAACCAGCAGUUUAAGCCUUGUAAAGCCUGGACACCAUCUGGGGUCAAUAAAAUACCUAAUUGUUCUCUCA